UGCACACUGCUAUAUUAUAAUCCCUACAAUCAACUCCCAAAAACACAGGACACAAAAGAAGUAAUAAAAUGUAAAUCACAUAUUUUGUUGAUGGUUAGCAAACAUAAUUGUAAAACGCUUGGCCUCCUUACCAUCCUCCGUUUUAAAUCGCACUAUUGUGCUUUUGUCUGCUCCGCAUUCCACUUGACAGUCAUCACCGUUUGCCUUCUUACUUUGAAAAUAUUUCACCAACUUGUUUUUGAGUUUUGAGACAUUUUGGUUACUCUCUAGCUCGACGAGCAAAGGAAACGAAUACGCGUCUGCCAUCUCUGUAGCUAACUAGCGAGCAUAUUCUGUGUAGCCUGUCUUAAUGUGCUUGUUCACUUUCACUUUUGUUUCUGGUUGAUACUGGACUCAAACCUUCGUUUACUCCAACUUUCGACACGCACCUUUGAGCUAUCAACUACGCGGCAUAGGUUUUCCUCGGUGAAAGCCAUGGCUGACUCUGUGAAAAUCCCUCUGGAUGACAUGUUGGAAAGCAUUGUCAAGCAAUGUGGACCUGCCCUGAUAAACGUCCUUAAAAACAAGUUUGGAUGUGAAGCUGUAAUCCAUGGCGUGAGUGCUGAAUGGGGCUCUGGCCCAGCACAGCAACACAAGAAGCCCAGUGUCCUUCCUGAGAAACGGUUUUCCACGCAGUUGCCCAAAGGUACGACUGUUUCAGUGUGGAAGGAUGACCUUACCACUCACCAAGCAGAUGCUGUUGUCAACGCAGCCAACGAGCGCCUGAGCCAUGGUGGAGGUCUCGCCCUAGCGCUCUCUGAUGCGGGCGGCCCAGAUAUCCAGAGGGAGAGUGACCGUUACAUUGAGAUUAAUGGAAAGCUGUUUGCUGGUGAGGCCGCUGUCACCACAGCUGGAAAACUGAAUUACCAGAAGAUCAUUCAUGCUGUGGGUCCAUGCCUUAAAAUCAGCCACACUAAGAAUGACGUUGAUCGAGCCAAACCCGAUCUCAAGUCUGCAAUCAAGAACAUUCUCAGAUUAAUGGAAAAGGAGAACCUGCAGUCUGUUGCCAUUCCUGCCAUCAGUUCUGGCCUGUUCAACUUCCCCUUGCACGUUUGCGCAGACACCAUAGUGGAAACCCUGAAAGAGCAUGAUCAGAGAGGUUAUGUUAGGCCCUUGGAGAUUCACCUGGUCAACAAUGACGAGCCCAGUGUGAAGGAGAUGGAGCGAGCAUGCAAGGAGUUUCUGCCGCAGACACAGCAGGCUACAUCCAGCGCAGCUGUGAGCCAUGGAAACAGCCUCUGUCCACCACUAAACAUCAACAACGUCACACUCAGCAUCAAGAAAGGAAACAUUGAGAGACAAAAGACGGACAUCAUUGUGAAUACGAUUGGCUUAAAUUUAGAUCUAUCAUACGGAGCUAUAACAAAAAGCAUUCUGAAAGCUGCUGGUAAAGGGAUCCAGAUGGAAAUAAAUCAAAAAUCAAAACAAAAAAAACACAAAAAUGUCAUUGAGACAAUGGGACAUAGCUUAAACUGCCAUUUUGUGUACCACACAAUAUGUCCUGACAAACUAAAUACAAAAGCAUAUGAGAUUCUAGCUGACAUUGUAUGGGAAUGUCUGGACAAAGCCCACAAAAGUCAGGAGAAAUCCAUCUCCUUCCCAGCCAUCGGCACUGGUGGUCUGGGCUAUGACAAAGAUGUGGUCGCCCGAGUUAUGAUCGAAGUUGCUGUCGAAUUUGCACAGAAAAAUAAUGGAGUGCACUUGGACAUUUCCUACGUUAUGUAUCCAACUGACACAGAUACAUACAAAGCAUUUGAAGACCGGAUGAGAACCCUCCAAGGUAGCGCUAACUACCCCAGCUCCUCCAGCAGGUCCCCUCAAGGUAGCGCUAACUACCCCAGCUCCUCCAGCAGGUCCCCUCAAGUAGAUUUGAUGCUGACAAAUGACCAUGCCAAGAGCAGUGCUGAAACUCCACACAUCGAGCUGAUAAGUGCCGUUCAAGAGAGGAUGUCUGAGGCCAGGCGUUGGAUCUGGGACGAUAUUCACCGACUUCACCAAAACAGCUUCAACAUUCAUAACAACUUAAUUCAGCACUUUGGCCAGCGUGAGCAUGAGAACCUGAUGUCCUUCCAGACCAUGAGGAACAUCUCCAUAACAGAGUCUUUCCAAGAUGGUUGUGCCGGUAUUCAAAUAACAGGAAGUAAUUCCAUCGGAGUAGCUGUAGUGGCGGUGGAGGUGGAGGCAAUGUGCUGUAAGGCUCAAGAAGAGUUUGCAAGAGAAGAAGAGGUUGCCAUGGUACUGUUAUUAAACGAAAAAGUCUCUUAUCAGAGGAGUGUAAUUCACACCAGCAGGUUUGAUAACGGAGACAGAGGUUCAAACUUCACAGGGUUCCGGAUUGUCAGAGUUGAAAAGCUGGAGAAUCCUUGCCUGGAGCGGGUCUUUGAGAUAAAGAAGCAGCAGUUGUCGGCUACUCCCAGUAGGAUGUACCAGCGCCUGCCUGCACAGUUCUGUGAGCUGGUCAGCAGGGUGGGCUUCCACAGGAUGCUAGCACCACCUCACGAGCAAAAGUAUGGACAGGGGAUCUACUUCUGCGAGAGCCCCGAAUUGGCGAUGAGGCUGUGGAGGAACACGCCAGAGGAAGAGUAUCUGUACUUUGUUGAGGCGCAGGUGCUGACCGGGAAGUCGACGACUGGUUCAGCAGAACUAAUCCUUCCACCCUCCCUGGGCUCAGAUGCCUCGCCUCUGUACGACAGCCUCACCAAUACGAGAAAGGACAUCCAUGUUGUAUUCAACGGGCACCAGGCUCUCCCUGAGUAUCUGAUCAUCUGCAAAAGGCGUUAAUAAUCAUGCAUAUAGGCAGAUCCCUUAAAUGCAGACAACUGUCUAAAAGAUUGUGAUCCUCUUUUGGAAUAGAGAUUUGAUUUUGAAACAGAGAAGUGAUUAGUGAACAUUUUCUUUACCCUGCUAUUUCUUAUUUCAUUAUUUUUAGAUCUUAUCAUUUGUAGUUUGUAUACAACUGAAUUGUUAUUUUAAAUGUAAAAAUAAUCAAGCAGCAAUCGGGGUUUGUGACAUUACUAUCUUGUAGUUUUACAAUGUUAAAUUGAACAUAAUCUAGAUCUGUAUUACACUGUUGUGACAAAGCAAUACAAAUCAACCAACUUUCUAUGAGAAUUAC